AGAUCCUAUACCACCCUUAGCCUCGUCGUUCGUAUUCAUACGGAGCUGAAAAGAGACUCUAUUAUAGAAGAGGAGGGAGGAACUGAGAUAUAUAAAAGGGGCCGUUCCUCCUGCAAGUCUGAUCUUCAUUCUCCGCAACAACCCUCUUAUCAACCACAUUCUACCUAUCCCAUAAGAACAUCGUUAAACCAAAUCAUGAGUCGAGAACAGAUCAUCCCAAGCAAGGAACCCCGCACAGACGCCCUUGCCUUUGUAACCAGCAACGGUCGACAUACCCUCAAAGUAGACAAGUUUCUUGAGGCCAGCCGACCCGGCGGUGGUAACCCGCAAAACUCCUACGUGACGCACUAUCCCACGCCCAGUGGCGAUGUCAAAUACGCUCCCGCCUUCAAGGGCAUCACAGGCCACGUCAUCGAGACCGGCCAAUCAUUCACCAUCCGCGACGACUACGACUUCGCGAAUCCCUCUUCCAAAGGGAAGGGGUAUCAUGUGAAUGCGCAGCUGGGCAAGGUGACGAAGGCGUUUACCGGACAGAAUACCGAGAUGGAUUAUUAUCAUCGCAUUCAUAUGACGGGCGAGAGGGUUUAUUUUGAUGGGGUGCAGGAGGCUGCGAGUUGGUAUACGCAGGGUUAUUCGCGCUGAUUCGUUUCUAUAGAGAUGGGAAUUAGUUGUAUGUAUUCGACUACAAGGCUGCGUUUGAUGGGUUUUGAGCGUCAGGCCGCGCAUAUUCAGGAUUUUCGCCUUUUGCAAUAAACAGGAAGAGAAACAGGAAGAAAGGACAGAAUGUACAGGCAGAGAAGGCCGGUAUAGGGGAGAUGGGGACCUCUUUUUCUUCUAUCUUAUGUUGGUCUUUAUCAUGUCUAAUUAACAUCUUGAUGAAUAAUUAUGAUGCUGUUCCUAUUGGCG